GUGGUGACAUCCUUUGUAAGAUCAUGUCCUGAGUUCUUCUACGGUGACAGCCCCCCAGACAGAGCAAUGAAGCCACAGAAGCCAGCCUGGAUCUGCCAGACCUUAAACAAUCAGCGUUUCUUUGCAACCUUGUACGACCUAAAGAACCGUAUUCCCAUGUACUCUGCUUAUAAAUACGAGCCUGGAAGGGUCACCACAAACCACACAUGGACAGUUGAGCCCCAGCUGAUACGUUUAAAUUUGUCGAAAAACAUGCAAACAGUGCAGACCCUCGAACAUCAAUACAACAUCAGCAAAACACGAAUCAGGCAAAGCCAGGCUGUCAACACAGACUAUGAGCACAGUGGUUGGGACCGUGGCCAUUUGAACCCCAAUGGCCACCACAACUCCACGGACAGCAGGAAUGCCACCUUCACCCUCACCAACAUAGUGCCCUUGAACGAAAAACUCAACCGAGGUGCCUGGAAAAAGUACGAGCAGCAAACAAUGCCCAAGAAUGCCAAGAACUGUCAAACUGGCAAAACCUAUGUCAUUGUGGGGGCUGUGCCUGGGACCUCCUACAUCUCCGGUGGGAGGGUUAAUAUACCCAGCCACAUCUGGUCCGCUGGCUGCUGCAGGACCAAGUACAACAAUGUGACUGCUUGGGCAGUCAUUGCCAACAACAAUCAGAACAGGGUCUGGAUACACACCCUGGGGCACCUGGAGGACAGGUUGACCCAGCUGUAUAAAGUGAAAAAG